AUGAGUUCUAAAAAAAUCGCAAUCCUUUACGGUUCAGAGACGGGAAAUUCUUUCGAAUUUGCCAGUAUUCUGUCAUACAAGCUCCACAGACAACAUUUUGCGCAUACGUUGAGUUCAUUUGGAAACUAUAAUGCUCGAGACAUACUCAGCUGUCGCUACAUGUUCAUAAUAUGUUCAACUACAGGUCAAGGUGACUUACCGCGCAAUGCCAAAGAAAACGUAUCUGGCGAACCAAGAGGCACGUUAUGGUCAUUUCUCAAAAGGAGAGAUCUCCCUGCAAACUUCUUGAGCCACCUACACGUUACGAUGUUAGGCUUAGGCGAUUCUUCGUACCCAAAGUUUAAUUUUGCAAUCAGGAAAUUUCAUAAGCGCAUGGUGAACCAACUCGGAGCUAACGAGAUUUUUCCAAGACUGGAAGCCGAUGAGUCUGGCAUUAUAGGAAGUAACGGAGGUACUGGUACAGGCGUGGAGGCUGUGUACUUUGAAUACGAGAAGAGGAUCGUACAGUAUCUUGCUGGAAAAUUUCCUACUUGGAAGUUAAACAAUCAAGUAAUAAAGCGGGAGGAGAUUCCAGCUGAAUCGUUUAUGGCACCUAAGUGUGUCCUCAAACUAAGCACUAACAGUAAUGCUUUGGAAGGGCCGUCUUUUGCGGCUCCUUCAUCGAUUAAAACCGGGUCUGUUGUCACGAACAAAAGAAUAACGCAUGAGGACCACUUCCAAGAUGUUCGUCAGUUCGUCUUCAGAGGGGAAAGCGAGUUCUAUGAACCUGGUGACACGGUUGCGUUGUAUCCGCACAACAAAGAUGAAGACGUCCAGAAAUUUUUAGAGGCUCAGCCACAUUGGAAGGAGUAUGCUGAUAAAGCUCUUGAGCUAUCGGGCCCUAUGAUUGAUCAAGAGGGAGGUUUUGUUUCUCCAAUGACGCUGAGGAACCUUUUGAAGUUCCACUGUGAAAUCACGAGUAUACCUAGAAAGACAUUUUUCAUGAAAACAUGGAUGUUUGCAACGGACAAAUCGCGGUUAGAGGGUGGUGAGGAGCAGCUUAUCCAACAGCGGAAUAAACUCAGCCAAUUCGCGCUCGAAGAGGAUAUGGACGAUCUUUAUGACUACUGUAAUAGGCCGCGCAGGUCUUUACUUGAGGUUUUGGGCGACUUUCCCUCUCUCAAGCUUCCAUGGGAGUACGCACUCGAAUACCUUCCACAUAUCAAGCCUCGGCUUUUCUCUAUAUCCAGUAAGCCAUUAGAUCCUGAAAUUGAGUUGACUGUUGCGAUUGUUAAGUACAAGACAAUACUUCGGAAAAUUAGAAAGGGCCUAUGCACUGACUACUUACAGGCCUUGGAACAAGGCGACACAGUGCGCUAUAAGCUGCAGAGAAAUCAACUCUUGAAGCCUUGGAUGAAGUCUUUGCCUGCAGUCUUAAUAAGUCCGGGAGUUGGUCUUGCGCCAAUGAAAUGCCUGAUUCAGUCAGAGUUUUUCGGGCAGAUUGCUCUCUUUUUUGGAAACAGAGUUAAGGAAAGAGAUUUUCUUUACGAAAAUGAACUGACGGCCUGGCAUAAAAGCGGAAAGAUUGCGUUAUACACCUGCUUCUCGCGCGAUCCCUUGCAUUCGCCCAAAGCUAGGUAUGUUCAAGAUGUCAUGUGGCAGAAUGGAGAGAAGCUCGCCGAUUUGAUACUUAACGGAAAAGCCAUUGUCUAUAUUUGUGGGUCCUCUGGGAAAAUGCCGGUACAGGUUAGGUUAACAAUUAUAGAAAUCCUAAAAGAGUGGGGCGGCCUCACUGAGAAUAACGUUGCUGAAGACUACUUGAAAAAUAUGGAGAAAGAUGACAGGUACCUACAAGAGACAUGGUAG